UACUUUUGUUUCCUUUAUGUGAUUUUUGGAGCUGCAAAGGUCUGAUCACCAUUCACUUCCAUAGUAUGGACCUACAGAGCUGAAAUAUUCUUCAGUCAUACACAUCUGGGAUGGCAUGAGGUUGGAGGUGAUGUCAUCAUUGCAGCUCCAGGCCUUGAGUCAUGACAAAACAUCUUUGAUCUCAACCAAGGAGAUGAAAGCUUGUCAGCUUGCUCUUUUCCCUCACCUGUUGAACACCUCAGCUGUACAAGAAGAUAUUAUUGGCCUGGAGGAACAUCUGCGAGAGGGUGCUGAUGUCUCAGGUGGAGAUGGACGAGGUCGGACUGCUCUACAUGUUGCAGCAGGACAGGGCAACUUAGAAACUGUUCGCUUCUUGCUGCAUGAGGGAGCAGAUGUAAAUGCCACUGACUGUGAUGGAGAAACUGCACUUCAGGAUGCCAUACGCUGCAAGAGUUUAGAGGUGGUGAAGAUGUUAAUUUCUGCAGGGGCAUGUUUGGAAAGAUCCUCUGAGGAACUUGGGGCUGAGAUGUGCUGUCUUGCAUUCCUUGGAGACACCGAACAUAUGGAGGCAUGGAAGAAGGCUGGAGUCAGUUUGAAUUUUUCUGAUGCUCAGCGUAGAACUCCAUUGCAUGUGGCGGUGUGCACCAAUCAGCUGGAAAUGGUACAAUUCUGUAUCCGUAAUGGAUCGGAUCUUGAGCAAAGAGACAGGUUCAACAACAGGCCUGUGGAUGAUGCUCAGCGACUAGGCUUUCAACACUUGGUGGAGCUCUUGUGCUAUGAGGCCCAACAGCUCAACCAGGCCACAGAUGGCUGAGAAAGCCCAGAUCAGUGAGGGACAACAGGCAUUUAUACUCAUGAAAGGGCUCGAAGUUUAAAGUUCUUUGUCACUGGCUUUUUCAGAUUUUAAAAUAUUAUAUGCCAAAUGAGUUAAUUAAAAAUAAAUUAACUUAAUAUAAAUGUUCCAUAAACUUUGACCUUAGACAUCUGUUGUGCAAUUAAAAUAGGUUAUUGCACAUAUUACAAUAA